AUGCGGGUAUCAAACAGGUCUGAGAAGUUUAUUAAUGUUGUUUUGAAACAUGGUGAGCAUUCUGCUGUUUUUCGUGUUAAUACUAAAACAACCGUAGAAGAAUUGAAGCAUUUUGCAUGCAAGCACUGGAGGUCUUUGUCUUCUGGGGGUAUAUGUUUCAGCUAUAUGGAUAAUGCUCAAGUAGUUUUUAUGCAAGGUGAUAUACAACUGCAAAGCUUAAUUGGUUUCAUGAUUCUUAUUGAUAAUGAAGAUGUCUAUUUGAAUGUGGAUAUGAUUCGGAAUCAUACUUCUCGUUCUAAGUAUGGUUGUAGCAGUAGUUCUGGUUAUAAGUCUGGUUGUAGCAGUAGUUCUGGUUCUUGUUCUAAGUCUGCUUGUGUAACUGAAAGUCCUAAGAUGGUAAGGGUGAUAGAUCAUGAUGCACACAAGGGGAAGCUUCUUAUUAUUGAUGAAUGGGUUUAUGUAUUUGACAAGAUUGGUAGAGAAUUUAUGGGUGGUGUUAAAGCUGUUAGGAUUGCUCUCGAUAAGUACAAGAUGGCUAUUGGUCACAAGAUUGUUAUUCUUAAAAAUGACACGACUCGUUUUACUGCAAAAUGCGAAGAAGACGGUUGUGGUUGGAGGAUUCACUUUGGGUAUGUGAAUGGUGAUACUUUUCGGUUCGUGCUGAAAGAUUGUAAUGCUCACAGAUUAAAACCCAGGCAGAUCAUGUCACUUUUUAAGAAAACUUAUGGGUCCAAUAUUAAGUAUCACCAUGCCCGUAGAGGGAAAGAAGUUGUAUUUGAAGAACAAUAUGGCGAUGACGAGAAGUCUUAUAGCGAUUUAACUUGGUAUGUCAAAGAAAUUGAAGAAACUAAUCCCGAUAGCUAUGUGAAGUUUGAAGUUGAGGAUGGAACCAAUAGAUUUCAGAGGAUAUUCAUUUGUUUCGGUGCUUGCAAGCAUAGUUAUAGGUAUCUCUGGCCCAUGAUUUACUUGGACGCUACUUUCCUUACUGGUAGAUACAGGGGUACUUUGAUGGUUGCGACAUGUAUCAAUGGAAACAAUGUUUUUUACCCAUUUGUUUUUGCUAUUGUUUCUACUGAAAACAAAGAUAAUUGGUUUUGGUUUCUGGAGAAUCUUCAACAAGUUGUCGAUGGUCGUCAGAUUGUUUUCCUUAGUGAUCGUGGAGAAGGACUUUUGCAGGGUGAUGCGAAUUUGAAGCCCGUUAUUGAUUUGUUUUACAAAGCUGCCUACUCUUACACACCAGCGAACUUUGAAGAAGCUUUGUGGGGCAUGCAUGCAAUUGGAUGUGGACAUGUUGCUAACUAUAUCAGGACUAUUCCAAAGGAGAAAUGGGAAAAUGCAUUUUUCCCUGUAUGCAGAUAUGGUGCUCACUCUUCAACUCUUGACGCGUCCUUCAACAACUGGGUUCUUCCUUUCAAAAAAUUUCCUGCUUUUGCUCUUCUCGAUGCGAUACGUUUGAAGGUUAUGGAGAAGAUGUCUGAGAGAAGGAUAAAAGGUCUAGAAAAUUUCAACACUAGGCUCACUCCUGAAUAUGAGGCUUUACUAAAAGAAAACAUCGACAUUGGUCGUACUUGGACUGUUGUUCAGUCCAUGGAAAGAUUGUAUGAAGUCAGGUGGCGAGUUAAUGGUUUUCAUUGUGCACAUGCUUGUGCUGCCAUUCAAGCUACGAGAGAAGACAUCUAUUCAUUUGUUGAGCCAUACUUCACCACCGAAUGGUACAACAGGACAUACCAGGAGAUCAUCUUGCCAAUCCGCAAUUAUGACAAGCUGCAGGCUUAUGAUCCUAGAGAUAGGGUUAUUGUUCCUAUUCCUGUUCCUCCACCCGGUAGACGAAGAACACAACGUAUCAAGAAUGCUUAUGAGAAGCAAAAGAGGCCUAUGAUGUACAAAAAGUGCUUCACCCUUGGUCACCAUAACAGAGCUACCUGCCCCAUGAUUUGA